CAUGGAGACGGGAGUGUACACAGACAGUGUAAGGGAGAAGAGAAGAGAUGUCGGACCUGGGAUCAGAGGAAUUCGAGGAGGAGCACGAGCCCGACCUCGGGGAAUAUGAAGGGGAGCGGAAUGAAGUGGAGGAGAGACACGGUCAGGGUAAAGCACGUUUGCCGAACGGUGACACCUAUGAAGGGUUCUAUGAGAAAGGGAAGCGACACGGCCAGGGAACUUACCGAUUCGGGAACGGCUCGCGGUACAUCGGAGAUUAUCACCAGAACCGGAAACACGGCGCCGGGACCUUCAUGUAUCCCGAUGGGUCCAAAUAUGAAGGUGAUUGGGUGGAUGACCAGCGGCAGGGACAAGGAGUCUACACCUAUCCCAACGGAGACACCUACAGCGGAGACUGGUUCUCCCACCAGAGGCACGGACAAGGCGUGUACACGUACACGGACACGGGAUCGAAGUAUGUCGGCACCUGGGUGAACGGUAAGCAGGACGGAGCCGGAGAACUCGUUCACCUCAAUCACCGUUACCAGGGGAAGUUCUCCAACACCGCGAUGCUCGGUCCCGGGAAGUACACAUUUGACAUCGGCUGCGAGCAGCACGGGACCUACGUCCAGGUGGAACAGGAAAAGGAGGAGGAGGAAGAGGAGGAGCCUCUGGCAGUGACGGCAACCCAAUGGAACGCGGAGAGGAUCACCAGCCUGACCACCUGGUCCCCCACAGAAGUGGUACCGCCCCCAGCUCCAGUGGUUGGAGAGCCGCCUGUGGCGGAGGAUUCCGAGGCACCCCCAGAGUCCGUCACCUUGACCAAUCAGACAGAGAUUCUAUCGGAAGAGGCUCCACCUUCUGCUGAAACAUCAGAAAACGUACCUGUCACGUCUGAGGCCACGCCUGUCUUACCAGAGAGUUCAGAGGCUGAGAGGAUGGACCCGGGGGAAGGUUCGGAGGCUGAGAGGACGGACCCGGGGGAAGAUCAUGAAGGAUAACUUAUGAAGAUGGCGGACAUAGCGGUCAGAAAUUCCUGUGAAGGUGGAAGUGUCCGGUGAGGAGUGACCUCCUCUAUCUCGUUCCUCACCUCCUGCAUUUUUGUGUACACAGAGAAGAAAAGUUUGUCCUCAAGUUGUUCUACCAAGUCCAAGUUGGGCAUCCCAUAACCCCUUAUCCCCAUCCAAGCUGUUUUCCCUCAAUAAAACAACAAAAAAAAGCCCAUGGAUUGGUUACUGACCACUGACUGUGAAAUUGGAAAAUGCAUGGUGCCUAACUGUGCAGGUAUAGGGGGACCCAAAAUCCAGCGGCCCUCUAGGGGGUAGCGCUACAUAAAUGUGGCUAUUUUGUGGGUGUUUCUACUGUCCUGGCGUUCCAGGGCCUCCAGACAUGUGAUAGGUAGUCAGAAAAUGAGAUGUUUUCCUUUAUGCCCCUUGCAAACCUGAAGGUGCUCUUUGGAUUUUGGGCCCCACUAUCCAGAUAGGCUGUGAAAGAGUCUGAAAUAUAUGGAAUCCUCAUACUCAGGAAUAUCGAAGAUUGUUUUAUGGAUGUGAUCCUAAGUAUGACCAUGCAUGGGGGGGAAAUAUCUUUGACAUCUGUGCCUGUAAUUAUUUGACAGCUGUGUGUAAAAAAAAUAUAUAUAUAUUUUCUCCUUUCUUUCUAUUCCAAUAACUUGCCGCUAAAAGAUUGACUUUCAAAAGACUCACCUUGACUCUAAAUAAAUACUUUCCUGGGUCUACUUUA